AGCUGCUUUGUGCUCAGGCGUAGUUUGCCAAGUGUCAUCCCGACUUAUGUCAUGAGGCUCAACUUCGUGCUGCGCUUGCUUUGCGCGCUGUUGCUGUUGCCAGUUUCGACUGCCACCCGCACCCUGCAGGACGCCGAAGUCCAGCGUCACACGGACACGGAUGAACUCACCGACGAUCGCGAGGGCGACUCCAGCUCGGGGCACCAUUGCUGCUGCUGUGGCGGGACGGUGCAGACGAAACAGACGCGCUGCUUUGAGGAAGGCUGCGGCUAUAAGCACAAGCAUAGUUGCCACAACCCGGGCAUCAGCUGCAGCAAGUGGGCCGGGUUUUGAGGAAUCGCGCCAUCUACUUCGCAAGAUGGGCUGAGGGCGCCUGCCUGGUGCGCGUGGGAGCAGGACGUGUGCAAGAGAAAAGGAUCGUCAUUCGCUUCGCGCUCCUGGGAUUGGAGCAAAAAGUCAAAGGUGGCUGAUCAAAGUGGUAGA